AUGACAUGCUUGGUUCAGCUUUCAAUAACAUCUUGGGAGAAUUGUCCGGGAAAUCAGUCGAUUAAAAUGUAUGCUUCGGCCAGUGAUACUUAUGGCGAUCAAAAUAAAAUUAUUUUCUCUUCAUCUAUUGAUAUAUCACGAGAGGUCAAGGAUUUAAGUGAACUUACAUUAGAGAUUCAUCGAUGUGAUUUUGACAUGAAAAAGUGUGAAAAACCAUUUCCGCUGAGAUUCACUGAUUUAUGCAAAAGUUUCAAUGACAAGGGCGCAUUUUUUUACGGGUUUAGAUCAAUGAUAAAACCACCAUUUUUAUGUCCGAUCAAAGCAAAUAAAUACACUGCCCCUAAUGGUUCAUUUGACUUAAGUGCGGCUUACUUUCUUCCCAUAAGAGACAAUGUUUGGGUAACGAAAACAAAGUUGCUAGAUUGGUGUUUAUCGGUAAAUAUUGAAUAUAAAGUUAUUAGUGAUCCAGGUCCACUUUCACCACUAAAUGGACAAGUCCACAUGGGGGAGCUUCAAAUUAUGCCACAGCAUAAUUUUAAAGAUACUCCGGCCUAUGCAGGAUUCUAA